AAGCAUUAUUCGGCCGCCGCAGCGAUGGUAUGCUCCACGAAGGGAGUAACAAAUAUCCUUAGUCUCCUGUUUGUUGCAGCUGCGAAUGUGCUGAAACAUUCGACAUAAGCUAGAUUUAUUAGAUAUAACUUACGCAAGCGAACCCGGAAUCUAAUCAUGGCGGACUCUGUUGAUGCGGACAAGAUCCGCAACAAACGACUAGCCAAGCUUGGAUCUCAAGCGUCAAGUACAGCUCAAUCAAACUCUCAGCAGUCGGGUGACAAAGAUUCAGAAACCGGAACCUCAUCUCCUACUUUGCAGGAACCGGAACCUCAAAGCCCACAGAUUAAUAUUUCGAGCGGGCUAGCUCCGUCAUCAUCACAUCCCCCAACACCACCGCAGCCAGAUAUGCAACAGCCCAACGAGGGGGCACCCCGAAUACGAAUCAGACCUCCACCGUCACAAAGCAAGACAGAGUCUUCUGGCGCUCCGAGCACCAGCACAUCUCGGAUACCGCCACGACCUAGUGAGACAAUCGAAGACUUCGAGGACAAAACUUUAAGAGCUGUAUUUCGAGUUACGCUGGAUGAAGGUCGACGUGUCGAUGUUCACGGGCAGACACUUAGUUAUCUUGCUGGGCUGAGCCAAGAGCUGCAGGAGCAAGGUCAGGCGCUCCGUAUCAGUAUUGACGUUCUAGACCAGGCACUUCUAGAAGCCGCAUCUAAUACCCACAAUGGAAAUCCAAUGGGAUACUUGCUCCCGUGUUGGAAGAGGGUAACGAGGCUAUAUAAAGGGUUCCGAAAGCAGAAUGCGGAUGACCGCAAGUAUGUCAUAGUUUCGGAGGCAAGGCGGCUGUGUAUGAGCUACUGUAUUUUUGCGGUGACCAUGCCAGAAAUGUUUGGUCUUGAUACUGCUCCCUCUUCUGCGCUAAAGUCUCACCUCCUUAAAGAUCCAGAGGAUGACUUGGGGUUAUGUCAUGACUUUAUUACAGAAGCUAUUAAGAGAUCGAAUGAAGAUGAAACAGUUCUUCCAGCUUUUGUUGGCGCUGUCGAGGAAAUGAGCCACGACCUUUCCAAGUUAAACAUAAAUAUGGACUACAAGCCCUAUGUGAUGGCACUGCGAAACCUUGUUCGGUUCCCUCCUUUGGCUAUCGCCAUAACUGAGUCAGAGUUGUUUAACGCUCCUGUCGAUGUUGAAAAGUUCGAAACUGCAACACUUCUGGGCCCCUGGUUUCGACUGUCUCCUCUACACCGUGAUGUUCCAUUGAAUUAUUUUGCAAGCCCUAAAACUCUGGAUCAGGGGUCUAUUCUCAAUUCGCAAAGAGCCGUGCGCAUGAUGCAACAAUUACUUAAUUCAGAUCUGUUGGAUAUCAUCAACCAGCUUGUCCGAGCUUCGAAGCCCGCAAGGGAACGUGUCCUCGACUGGUUUGCCGCGUCAGUUAAUCUCAACCACAAGAGAAGGGCGCUUCAAGUUGACCCUAAGACUAUCUCUUCGGAUGGUUUUAUGUUCAAUAUCACCACAUGCCUUGACCAACUCUGUGAACCUUUUAUGGAUGCAGCGUUCACCAAGAUUGAUCGCAUUGAUAUCGGCUAUCUGAAACGGAAUCCGCGAGUUCACAUGAGAGACGAAACUAAGAUUAAUGCUGAUCAGCACGCCUCAGAUGCAUUUUAUGACCAAGUCGAGGAAGGAACAUCAAAUUUUAUUACCGAAAUAUUUUUCUUAACUGCUGCUGCACACCACUAUGGAAGCGAAUCUUUAACGACCAAGCUGGAACAACUCGAGAAGGACCUUCGCCAUAUGGAGGCCCAAAUCGAUAAAUUUGAACUCGAGAGACAUAAAUGGAGGUCUAAUCCAGUGCAACUCAGAAUGUUCGAAGAUGCGCUGAAGAAGUACAAAGACAGACUUGAUCUUGGUCUUUCGUUCAAGUACACCCUGCAGGGCAUCUUACUGGAUGAGACAUGGCAAGCCCGGUCCAUGCAAUUUAUGCGAUACGUUAUUGUUUGGCUAUUGCGAAUUGCAUCAGGACGUAAUCUCCCGACCGAAACUCUGAAGCUACCGCUUCCCGAAAACCAACCGGAGAAUUUCAAAUGCCUCCCUGAAUACUUCGUGGACGAUGUUGUCAGCAGUUUCAAAUUUAUCAUGUGGAGUAUGCCCCAUGUGGUAACCUCCACACAGGGGGAUGAGUUGAUUAUGCUAUGCAUCACGUUUCUACAGUGUUCAGAGUAUAUCAAAAACCCAUAUCUUAAAGCUGGAUUGGUUACAAUACUUUUCAGAGGGACCUGGCCACGGCGUAAUGGUUCCAGGGGCGUUCUUGUUGACCUUCUCAACUCCUUACCUUUCGCCACAGAGCAUCUUCUUCACGCUCUGAUGAAAUUUUACAUAGAAGCAGAAUUCACGGGGACACACACGCAAUUCUUUGAUAAGUUUAAUAUUCGGUACGAGAUAUUCCAGAUUAUCCAAUGUAUCUGGCCGAACACGGCCUACCGAGACAAGCUUCAUAAUGAAGCCAAUCGAAACCUAGAUUUCUUCGUUCGCUUUGUUAACCUCCUCUUGAAUGAUGUUACGUUUGUACUCGAUGAAUCGUUUUCGGCGUUCUUGACGAUUCAUGAUCUUCAAGUCGAGCUUGCCCGUGAAGGAUCAAGUAUGGAGCAGAACGUUCGGCAACAAAAAGAAGAGCAACUUUCUGCGGCACAAGGCCGAGCAAAAUCUUACAUGCAGCUCACAAAUGAAACGGUAGCCAUGCUUAAACUUUUCACAGAGGCAUUGGCAGAGUCUUUCACAAUGCCUGAGAUCGUACAGCGCCUGGCUGACAUGUUGGAUUACAAUUUGGACGCUAUGGUUGGCCCUAAGAGUGCAAACCUUCGAGUAGCCAACCUGGCAGAGUACGGCUUCAAUCCACGCGUGCUUCUAAGCGAAAUUGUCGAUGUGUACCUGAAUCUUAUGGACAAGGAAAACUUCAUCAUAGCCGUUGCCCGUGAUGGCCGGUCCUAUAAACCAUCAAACUUUGAGAAAGCAGGUGAAAUUCUGCGUAAAUGGGCUUUGAAGCCACAGGAAGACCUCGCCAAGUGGGAACGGUUACAGACCAAGUUCAGGAUUGCCAAGGAGGCGGAUGAGCAGGCUGAGGAGGAUCUUGGAGAAAUUCCUGAUGAAUUCCUAGACCCCUUGGUGUAUACUCUCAUGGAGGAUCCUGUUAUUUUGCCCAGCUCCAAAGUUUCCAUUGAUCGUUCCACCAUUCGAUCCCACCUGCUCAGUGACCCGAACGAUCCAUUCAACCGAUCUCCGUUGAGCAUUGAGGAUGUUAUUCCAGAUACGGAAAUGAAGGCUAAAAUAGAAGCCUUUAAAGCCGAGAGAAAGGCUGCGAAAGUGGCAGCAGUGACUUCUUCCUCUUUGGAGCGCAUGGAUACGACUGAUGGUUAAUCGGGAGGCCUUACCCUAACUUCAAGUUUUUGGUUUUUUGUCUGUUGAUUUACUUCUUUUACCUCACCCGAAGCUGCCUCCGUUAUUUUAUACAGCGGUUCUAGAACUCCCUGUUAUGCACAAGUCUUCAAUGCCAUGACUUCAUGAUUAGAAAUUUGCGUGCCAUAUAAUUAUUCCCCCAAUAUUAUUUUUUCCCCUUCUUCUCUUGCUGUUUCUGAGGCACGCCGAGAACGUCUAAUUUGGCUUUUUAUGCGAGUUGCUUAAGUUUACUAGGCAUAUAUUGCGUGGGGAAUAUUAUCUUUUGUCUUUGCUUUCCAUCGGGAAUGGGAGUCUGCAUGAAUACUCCAUCCAGCCUUGAUGAUUUUGACAUUAGAUGUCCCUGCUUAGUCUACUCCAGUUAGGUCUGGGACAGAGGGUUUCCUUUUAAUUUUAUUUUAAUUCAGUCGUUUUAUGUUUACGCUGUAUAGUUUAUAUGAAUCAUCCCUGCACUUGGUCCGUAGCUCUGAAGUGAACGGAAUAAAGCAAUAACGUUUAGAUCUAAGUGCUCACGGUUGAGUGACUAAUUAGGUGGAGAUAUUCGUUGUUGAUAUAUAUAUAUAUAUAGGUAACCAAACCAAAAAAAUAAAGAGCAAAAA